AUGUCUUUGGAUGUCAAAGGUGAAGUCGUGGUUCCUAAAGCGAAGGGUACAAGCGCAAAAUCUUUUGCACAAGUGUUGAGUAAUACAUUUGUUAUUAUCCCUCAUGGUCAAUUUCCAAAAUCUAGUUUGAAAGGAGAAGAUAUAGUUAUGAAAAUUCUCGAGGAAGAGUACAAACCUGGUUUUCUCAAACUUUUCACUUGGACUCCUGACUUUAAUCCUAAUAACUACAAACAGACAACAAUUCAAUGUUGGGUUUGUUUUCUUAUUUUGCCAUUGAAAUAUUGGAGUCCUAAUAUUAUCUUUGCAAUUGCUAGUUGUCUCGGAACGCCAAUGUGUUUGGAUGCUACAACAAAUACCACUGAGCAAGGUAAAAUUGACAAGAAUCAGGAUGGAGAUUCAAAUUCAGAUGCCCAACAAGCUAUGGAAUUUCUAAGUGAAUCUUGGGCUAACAUGGAUAAGAGCGAUGAUAUUGUUGAUUUGGAUGAAAACACAAGUCAACCAUUUCAAUUGGUGGUUCCAAGAAAAAUGAAGAACAAGAAGAAUUCGCCUGAGUCAGACAAAAGUUUCAAGGUGGGUGCUUGCAAUCGUACGCCUCACUAG